GUAGUGGUGGUGUCACAGGCACCGCGUCUAGCUGACUUCCCGGGACAGAUGAAAUGUGUUCACUGCCAGCAGCAGAUUGUCACAGAGACCACAUAUGUCAACGGCCUGCUUACCUGGGGCAUCUGUGCAGUUCUUGGCCUUCUAAUGAUCUGGCCAUGUUGUUUGAUUCCAUUCUUUGUGGAUGCCUGCAAGGACGUAGAGCAUCACUGCCCAAACUGCAAGAAUGUCGUCUACAUGUACAAACGCAUGUAAUUCGCUCUGACUAAUCUUUGGCAAUAACAUUAAGAGAAUUUGACAGAAUUUAGUUUUAGCCUUUCUUGGACAUAUAUACAAAUCUA